UCGUCUAAAGUAUACAAACAGCAUAUUCUGCACAAACACAAAAAUCUGUGGAGAGAGAGAGAGAGAGAGCAAGAGAAAGAAAGAUCUAAAAGAUCGAUGGAGAGCUCAGGAGAGAUGGUGGCGUUCCCAUUGCUAAUAACACCGAUCGAGAACAAUUACAGGGCAUCCACCAUCCCCUACAGAUUCCCAUCUGACAACCCCAACAAACCAACUCCCAUUGAGCUCUCUUGGAUCAACCUCUUUCAAAAUUCCAUUCCCUCUUUCAAGAAGAGAGCUGAAAGUGAUGAUACUGUUCCUGAUGCUCCUGCUAAAGCUGAAAAGUUUGCUCAAAGGUAUGGUGAAAUACUAGAGGACUUCAAAAAGGAUCCUGAAAGUCAUGGUGGACCGCCGGAUUGUAUACUUCUUUGUCGUAUUCGUGAGCUUAUCCUCAGAGAGGUUGGUUUCAGAGACAUAUUCAAGAAGGUCAAGGACGAAGAAAACGCCAAAGCAAUUUCCUUGUUUAAGGAUGUUGUCAAUUUGAAUGACGCCAUUGAGGAAGAACUAAAGCGAGUGGAGAAUUUGGUCAGAGGAAUAUUUGCAGGGAAUAUAUUUGAUCUAGGAUCUGCAACGCUUGCAGAGUUAUUCUCUAAAGAUGGAAUGUCAUUCUUGGCAAGUUGUCAAAAUAUCGUUCCCCGACCUUGGGUUAUUGAUGAUUUAGAUGCUUUCAUUGCAAAAUGGAGCAAGAAACCUUGGAAAAAGGCUGUCAUAUUUGUUGACAACUCUGGUGCAGAUAUUAUCUUGGGUAUAUUGCCCUUUGCUAGAGAACUGCUUCGUUGUGGGACUCAGGUUGUGUUGGCAGCUAAUGACCUACCAUCGAUCAACGAUGUAACUUAUCAUGAGCUACUGGAGAUCAUAUCAAAGUUGAAGGAUGAAAAUGGAAAGCUCAUGGGUGUUGAUACUCAGAAUCUUUUGAUUGCAAAUUCUGGUAACGAUUUGCCGGUUAUCGAUCUCUCGAGUGUGUCUCAAGAGCUUGCAUACCUUGCAAGUGAUGCUGACCUGGUAGUUUUGGAAGGAAUGGGCCGUGGAAUCGAGACAAACCUGUAUGCUCAAUUUAAAUGUGAUUCCCUCAAGAUCGGAAUGGUGAAGCAUCCGGAAGUUGCGCAGUUCCUGGGUGGGAGACUAUAUGAUUGUGUAUUCAAGUUUAAUGAAGUUUCAAGUGGUUGAUUAGACUAUUUGCAAGAGGCUGGAUUGGAUGACUGCAUCUAUUCUUUCUCAUUACUUUUAACCUCUAUGAAUGAUGGCACAUGGAAAUGCUUGUUCUAAUAAAUUUGCCAUGUCACUUUGUUUCUUCUGAACAAAAGACGCUAUACGUCAUGGUUUGGUUGGAGUUAUACCUCAUGAACCUAAUAUGAAAUUUGCGGGUUUAAUUUAAUCUAUAGGGGUUUAGCCGUUCAGGUCAAAUCCGCAUACAUGCUUUA